GGCACACACAGGCUCCUUCAGCUGGCAGGGGGCAUGAAAAGUGCCAAGGAUACCGACGGUGGUAGUAUCAGAGUUAAGGGCUCGCUAGGGCAGCCCAGAUGUUCCCGGAAGUAGAAGCGCGGGAAAGUGUGGUAAGGGUGUGUGCAGAGGGUGGAGGCUGUGUGCCCCAGGAGGCCCGCAGACGUGGCAGCUCCGGGUAGGGGCUGAGCCUGGGCAGCCAGCUUCUUUUUGCCCUGCCUACUGGCUGGCAGUCCCCAGGAAGCCCCACGCCAUCCCGGACAAUGCACCAGGCUUGCCAUUACUCCCUGCCCCCUCCUGCUGUGAAUGGCUCCUCGCCAGAACAGGGACUCCAGAGGCAGUUCCCAGAGAUGCUAGGAGGAGCUUGGGAGCCACCACCAGGGGGCGGGCUGCCCCAGAUCACCAUCAUCGUUGCCGCCUUUGUUCUGCUGGCCAUCUGCAUUGUGGUGGCAGUUCAUGUGAAGCCCAGGCUGCACAAGGGACAUGCCACUUUCCUCACAGAGCCACCAGUGCCAAAGCCAGAGAAUGGCAUCUGUCUCAUCCACUGGCGGGUACUGGGCUCUCAGGACACUCACCAGGAGGCACAGAAGGGUUCUUGCCCCACACCAAAUGGGCACAGACCCAGCAUGGAAGAAGUCACAUAUCUGUAGAAGAAAGCUUCCUGGCUCUCAGCCUAACUGCCUGGAAAGUAGAAAGUGGAUGGAGACUUAGAACAACAACAACAACAACAACAACAAAUUGGAGCCUGGACAUCCAAGAGUGGAGGAACACCCACGAUUCUGCUGCAAGGAGCCUGAACAGCUCUGAAGAAAGCCCCCCUGGUGGACAGGGGAAAUUAAAGAAGCCUGUAGACUUGAUGCUGAAACCUGCUGUGAUGACACCCUCAGUGCCCAAGACCAUCUGGACCUCGUUACUCUUCCUCUUCAGGGACCUCCUUAUUCAGUCCCAGUGUCCUCCUUGCACCUGGGUCUCCUUCCCUUUUGGUAUAGAGUGAAGACUUUCUGGAAGCUUCCACCAUCUGCCUCACCCCCAAUCAGGAACAUCAGAGACCCUGCCUCCAUGGCCCCCAGCACUGCACAGGCCAGCUGGCAGAGGAGCCAUGAUUGCCUUCUUUGAGACACUCUGGGGCCACGGAAGAGAAGAGACAUCUGCUGCUUCUCCACCUUUUGGCUGUCAACACCCAGGCCUGCUCUGCAGCCUCCAACGCCUUUGAAAGCCCCACGCGCCCUUGUAGUUCAAACAUUAGCUUUAGCAGAAGGGGGGUAUUAAAAAAAUAUACUGUCUUUGACUCUGUCUUGUCUUCCCAGGAAGUGAUGGGGAGAAUUGGGGGCCUCUUGUAACCUGCCACUUUCAGCACGCAGCAGCUCAUUGGAACAAAGUUAGGAUUGACUACAGGUUGUGUCCCAGAUCCAGAA